CCAGAAAAAAUACCAAGACCUAAUUUGAUUUGAGGAAAUAACACCAGAGGACAGUACUGGAGUUCACCACCAGAGGGCACUGCUGGAUUUCACCACCAGGUGUCGCCAUGCUAUGACUAUAUCUACAAGUGAAUCCCUCUAGUGGAUUUUGCAGGAAGUCUUUGCCAAAAACACAGAUAUUUUGCACUGCAUGAGAAGGAUAGAAAGGACUUACUACAUAAUGGAUUAAGACUUAAAUGAAUUAAGGAAGACUGGUCGAGCAAAGGGUUGACAAGAAUUGUCUUACAGAAUCCUACUGCCAGACUUUCUAAGAACCUUUCAAGUAGAAACCUGAACCACAUGAAAGCAUCUGCAGUGAACAAUAUUUCCACAUUGGUUGGAAAAUCAGACUCGGUGCGUCAUUGCCUCAAGGAACGGCAAUAUUUUGAGUGCUAGAGAACUGGAGCAGGAAAUAAGUUCUCUCUAAAUCACCUAAUCAGCGGCAUCAGGCAAUGCAUUCUGAAAGAGCUCUAAAUUGCCAUCGUUAUCUCACAGUGCACUUGAUGAUGAAUGAUCACGAAAAGUCAGCUUGGGUCACAGGAGACUAUUGACUUGAUCACCAGACAAAGUGGCUUCUUCAGCUUUGGUCAUAUUCAUUAUAAAAACACCGUGGAUCUUAUGACAUCAACAGUAUCAAGAACAACACCGAGAUAGCACUGUUUGUCACUGAACAGUGUAGCAGGCUUCAUUCUGUUUGUCUGUGGAGACUAGAAAGUAAAAGUAACAGUCCAUUGUAAUGUAAUUUACAGAAACAUAUCCUGGAGAGGAGUGGGUUUCAGCACCAUUUACCAGGGAAUUGUGAAACUAAUGAAGACUUGACAUGGAGAGAUAAUAUAUACCACAUAGACUAGAAAUCCAUGCUGCCUUUUGUGACACUUCAUUUUCUACAUAUAUUUAUCAACGUAGCACAUCCUGGGGAUUAUAUAAUUGGACAUUGUGAGUGGCAGGAUUUUUUUCCUGAUGGUGAUAGGAUUGUAUCCUACUGUUGAUAGGAUUAAACUCUGCUGAUAACAGGAUUAUAUCCUGCAGGACAUAGGAUCAUGACUUAUCUGUGAUAGGAAUAAAUCCUACGAGUAGUAGGAUUAUACUGCGCUGACGCCGGAAUAUAUAUCACAUAUCAGACAUAUAAGACAUAACACAGAAGCCUACGUGUCAUAGAGAGGAGCAUUACAUGUAAUAGCAGAUGCCAAUAUGUAAUGUAUUAAUUCUGCUGAAUUGUGUUCUGUUACAUUAACCGGGACAUAAUGUGAAGCUUGAUGUGUUUAAAACUCAUGGCACAGACGUCAUUUUCAUUAUAUUUUCCCAUUGCCUGCCCACUGGGAUGAGUACUCACCACUGUACCAAACUGGAAUUGUGUGUAGCAGUUAGCUGUUCUGUACAUGCAAUUCCAGAAUCUUGAUUAAACUGCUGUAUUGGUUGGUCCUGGAGGCAACUUAACCAGAUACUGUUACACAAUCACACAGGAAAUUUUCUCCUGUAGUCGUUUAUUCUCAGGGCUACAGACAGAUAUUGGGAAAUCUUUUAAGUCUUAGAACGCCGUCCAUGUCUUCAGAUUACGCGUCAGGAAGUGUAACGUUUGCUCUGCGGGCCACCCAAUCGAUGAAAAUGCGAAGGCGACUGAGUUUACCAAUAAUUAGGAAAAAAUCAGAUGCAGUUAAGCCUCCUCUCAAACGAAAGAAAAGUCCACUAACUUUGAAGAAGUCUGGGGAGACGGCCAGUAAUGGGGGGUCGGGAGGCAGCGGGGUCGCAGUCAAUAGGCCGAGAUCUGUUAGUGCUGGCGCUAACACUCUUGCUGCCACUUUACCCACUGAAGAGGGCGCCACUCUUAGCCAAGAAGAACUACAGACAGUAGGAGAGGACAGCACUGUCUCUUCAGCCAAUGGAGGAUCAGAGUCUGGCUGGGAUGAUACGGACACAGCGGCGGGUGACGUGGACCCACAUCGCACAAAGGCUGCCUGCGAGCACCUGCAGCAUAAGAUACAGAAAACUAAAGACUUAAUUAAGGGAGAACAGGGAGCAAAAGAAAAGAAUGUAAAUGAAUACCUCAAACUCGCCUCUGGUGCCGACAAGCAACAGGUUCAGCGAAUAAAAACGGUCUUCGAGAAGAAGAACCAGAAAUCAGCACAAAGUAUUGCACAGUUGCAAAAGAAACUGGAAAGUUACCAACGGAAACUUAAAGACGUUGAGACCUAUGGGGUGUCUGCUCACAAACCCGCCAAGGAAGUGCUGCGUGAUAUGGGACAGGGAAUAAAAAAUGUGGGAGGCAACAUUAAAACAGGCCUAACAGGAUUUUCUGGAGGUGUCGCCAGCAACAUACGGGGUGCUACAGAUGCCAUUGUAUCCAAGCCCAGGUCGUUUGCACAUUUAAUAAAAAAUAAAUUUGGAAGUGCUGACAACAUAGAUACCCUCAGUAAGUUGGAAAAUAUAGAAGAAGGUGUACGUGGCCAUGAGGUCGGGAAGGAAUAUCAUGGAAGUGGAACGCUACCAAGCAGUUUCAAGUACCGGUCAGAUGAAGAGGACGCGUCCAGUAUCGCCAGCAGUUCGGGACCAAGUGGUAUCCAGAGUGGAAGCAGUCCCAAACGCUCAGGGCAACUGGACAUUGCACCGCCCGAGCCAGUGGACCUGGAGCCGCUGAGGCAGGACAUCCAGGAAAUGAGAGAGACCCAAGACAGGCUGCAUGAGAUGCUGGAGUCUUUGAAGAACACGAUGCAGAGUGAGAGGUACGAGUUGAUGAAAAGUUUAUCAGAAGAGAACAAAUAUCGCCAAGACCGACUGGAAGAGGCCAUUAAUGACCUGUCGGAGCUUCACCAGCAUGAAAUAACAAAUUUAAAACAGGAAAUUUCCAGUAUGGAAGAAAAAAUGGAGUACCAGUUAGAGGAGAGAACCAGAGACAUGCAGGAGAUGCUGGAGAGUUGUCAGACAAGGAUAUCAAAGAUGGAGCUGCAGCAGCAACAGCAACAGUUGAUCUCCAUGGAAGGGGUAGAGAAUGCCAACGCCAGGGCACUCAUCACGAAACUCAUCAAUGUUGUUCUGGCAGUUUUAGCUGUGAUUCUAGUCCUGGUUUCCACUAUUGCCAACUUACUCAUGCCAUUCUUGACCACAAAGGUACGUCUACUGAGCACAGUAGUGAUGAUAACUCUGGGUAUCUUACUCUAUUAUAACUGGCCUCUCAUAGUGACUGCUUGGACACAUACCACAGGAUAUUUUACCCAUAUACUGUCUGGCAAAUAGGUGUUUAUUGUCUGUGUUAGGUUGUGAGGAUACAUAAGGCAUUGAGGAGGAUCCAGAUUGGUUGAAGACUCCUGAGAUUAGGUUGAGGAUCCACCGUGGGAUUUCGGUUGAGAAUUCAGCGGGAUUUCCAUUUGAGGAACCGAUAUCUGACUUCAUUUUUACAUUGAAAAGCAUUCAGAUUGAUUUGGGAUUCAAUGAGAUUUUGUUUGAGAUGCCAGUGUGGGGUUUGGGUUGAGUACUCAGCAUGGGAAUUCAAUUGAGGACUCUCUCGUUUCUUAAAGAAGAGCCAGCUUUGGCAUUUCAGUUCAGGACCCUCCAGGAUUUAGCUUGAGGAGCCAGCAUGGGAUUGUAGUUGUGGACUGAGGGAGAUGUCAGCUGAGAAACUGUUUUUUCCCCCACAAGAACCAGAUGGAAUUUGAUUUGGAAGCAAUGGGAUCUCAAACAAAAAACCAAUAGGAUUUCAAUCACUGUAAAGAAUAACUUCCAACGUCAUUAUCAGUCUUAAUUUCCUUUUAUUUAUUUAACAGAAACUGGAAGAUUCUGUAAUCCAUUUUCUUUUCAACUGAAGAAUUUUUUUCAUAUCUUAGGUGUAUCUAUUGUAAUUUUUUUGGCUGAUAUGAAAAUGGCUUUCAGGUCAAACUCUGGACUUCAGAACACAUGUUGAGUUGGUGAAAGGUAUCCAGGAGAUACGUGGCAGUGAGGUGUACAGAGAUUUGUAUUUGCUGGUAGCACUGAGAGUUUGUUUUACCUGGAUGGGGUGAGGUACAGGUGUGUAUAUUCAAGGUGUAUGUAUUUAUUUAAAACCGCAUUCAUUGAAAAAAAGGAGCCACAGUCGUGAAGAGACUUCUUGUUCAUGUCAGAAGCAAGCAUGAUUUAAAAAUGGUGUGGUACAAGAUGUGUGGAAAAUAAGCAGUCCGUAGAGAGCUCGGGGUCGUUUAAGACUUCAUCCAUUGAAAAAAUUGAUGAACAAUGUAUUUGUUUGCCAGACAUCUUUUUAAAAUUAUAGUAUAAUUUAUAUUUCAAAUUUUUAGUCAUUUUGACUAAUGGGGAAAUAUAUGUAGUUAUGUAUUUAUAAUUUUGUUUUGGAAUUUUUAAAAAUCAGAUCCAGAUAGUGGCAUAUUAGUAUAAAGUUACCGGAGACAAUCACAAAAUUUUGCAAAUCUUUAUGUUACUAGAAAAAAAUAUGGGAAUUAUUUCAUCAAAUAUGACUUUAAAAUAGAAAUUGAAUAUGACUAAAUUUUGGUUUU